CGAACGCUGUUGGAACCGGAAGUAUAAUAUGUCCUCAUGAAACUAAACAGAUAAAAUCCAUUUUCAGUGUUAUUUUCAAAAUGUCUCAGUAUAUUCAAGUGGCGGAAGAUGAAGGUGAAGAGCCAAUUGAAAUCCCUAGCGAAGAUGAUGCGACUCUUCUGUUGUCAACUUUGUCUGCCCAGUUCCCCGGAGCAUGUGGGAUGAAAUACAGAAAUCCAACCACUGGAAAUUUUCGAGGCAUUAGACUGACGGAUGGUACAUUAUUCCCACCUGAUGGUAACUGGGGACAGAACGUCUAUAUUGUAGUAUUUGCCAAAGAAAACAAAAGAAAAGGUGAGGAAGGUAUUGAGAAUCCAGGAGCAAAGAACAAAUGUCUAGACAAGCAAAGAUGCAGUGACCUUAUUGUUCUUGGGUUGCCAUGGAAGAGUACAGAAGAUGAUCUAAGGCGGUACUUUUCACAGUUUGGUGAACUUUUGCUGGUUCAGGUCAAGAGAGAUCCAAAAACAGGACAGUCUAAAGGUUUUGGUUUUAUUCGAUUUUCUGAAUACGAGUCCCAGGUCAAAGUUUGUUCACAAAGACAUAUGAUUGAUGGUAGAUGGUGUGAUGUCACAAUUCCAAACUCUAAUGAAGGUGCUGCUCAGAUGGUUAGUAGAAAAGUGUUUGUUGCCAGAUGUACAGAAGAUUUAACAACGGAAGAUUUACGUCAGUACUUCAGCAAGUAUGGGGAAGUUGUAGAUGUGUUCAUUCCUAAGCCAUUUAGAGCUUUUGCAUUUGUAACAUUUGCAGAUCCAGCAAUAGCUCGAGCUCUGUGUGGUGAAGAUCAUAUCAUCAAAGGAGCUAGCGUUUACAUUACUACAGCAGCGCCAAAAAAUUCAGAAAAAAUAGUGAUGAAGGAUAAGGAGAGAGGUUAUCAAAAUUCAGGUGGUUCUCGUAACCAGAAUAAUUAUCAAGGAGGAUGGAAUGUGCAGCAACAAGGGAAACCAAUUCAAACCCUUCCUCCUGCACCAAUGGGUGAUCCAAAUUUCAACCAGUUCGGGAUGAAUUUGUUGAAUUCUGCCAUGUUUGCAGCUGCCCAAGCUGUUUUAAGUGGUCAAGCAAAUUUUCCUGGUCAACAACAACCUCCACCUGUUCAGCAAACCACCCAGCCCGCAUCAGCCAGUGAUUCAUUCACUAGUCAGACUUAUGAUUCAACACGUCAAAAUAGCAGUAGGGGUUUCUUUGGGGGAUGGAGUGGGGGGACUGAUGGCAGUAGUUAUGCCAGCUGGGGAGGGGCACAACCACAACAACCACAACAACAACAACAGCAACCAAGUGGUUGGAAUUAGGACUUUUUAAUUGUUUUAGCAUCAGUACUUAAAUCCUCAAAUCAUGUAGACUAGACGAAAACUAAAUAUUUUCAAUAACUUUUUUUAAUCCUUAUCAGGCUUACAAUUUUUAAGGUAGUGCACUCGCUAAAAUUGUAAAGACAGUAUAAAUUUUCAAGACUGAUCACUUUCAGAAUGGUUGCAGUUGUUGCAGGCAUUGGUGCAAGACUUAGAUUUAUUUUCUGUUUUCGCAGUAUUCCACUGAGACAUGUUUUAAUGUUAAUGCAUGAUAUACUGUUUCAUUUCAGCACUAUUCUUUUCAAAUUUUAAAAUGGCACGAUGAAAAUAUGCAGACAAAAGUUAUAAUUUAGCAGUCCUGGUUCACGUUUAGAAAAACAUGUUUACUUUAACAAAACAUGAUCAUAAGUGUUCCUGUUUACUUGUUUUCAAGUUUCAACAGACUAGAUUUUAAUAUAUUGCAUUUGACAAACAAUUUAUUUUACUUUGUAGGAUUUUUUCUUGGUUUUAAGAUAAAUUAAUUGCAGCCCUUCAAAGUUCAUUCGAUGUUCAAAACUAAUUAGUUUUUUUCAAAUGCAAAUUUGGUCCUGGGGUGCAUUUGUGUUAUUAAACUUGAGACUUGAUAUCGUUACAAUCUUGUAAACUUUAAAUACCCAUUUUAAAUGAUGGGACAGUGUCAAAAUCUUUAUAAAAGAGUUACUAGCAUUCCUGAUGAUGGAAAAAUAGUUUAAUUUGUAGAAAUUUAAAGCUAGAAUGUGAAAAUACAAAAAAAAAUAAAAAAAUAAUGUACGUUACCUCAAAAUGCUCAAGUUGAAAUCCCACAGUAAAAGCACUCUUUCUUUUUUUUUUUAUCUGCUAUUGCUAUAUGAAAUGAAUAUCACACAAUUCAAUCAUCUUUCAAGUAUUUUCUUUCAUGAACAGUUUAUAUUUAAUUUUUCUGAUUAUUUAACUAGACAGACAUAUGUUAUAAUUAUUUCAGCAUAAUAAGAAAGUUCAGAAUCAGGUUGUUUCCAGUUCCCAAUUUUUAUACAUGUUCUAGUGCUAGAGUAAUAUUUUUAUAUUAUUUUUUUUCUGUUGUUUGUUAUUUAGUAAAAGUUAUAUGGUUUUAUCUGUAAAUUCUAAAAAAAAAUUAUGUUGGUGCGGUUUUAAGUGACGAAUGAAUUUUAUUGAAUCAUGAACUCAAGAACUUGGAUGUGUGAAAUUCAGAUCAUGGGUGAAAAUUGAAAGAUUUAACAUUUCCAUCAAAUGGAUAUGUAUGAACUAGACAUGUGUGUAUCAGAAUGGAUCGAAUCUGUACGGGUGACAAAAAACGUGAACUCGAACAAAAUGUGUGGAUCUUAGGAUGGACUGGAUAGAAUCGUGUGUGGAUUUGCUGCAGACUGAAUUGAACUGUAUGGAUUAAACUGCUAUCUGUUAUUUUGUGUGGACUGAAUUUGUGUGAUUUUUGAAUGAAUUGAUAUUUUUGGUUGAUUCUUUGACAAAUGAAAUUAUUUUUCAAAAAAUUAUGAAAUUUGUGAAAAAUCAUGAUUUAUUUAUUAUCCCACCAUCAGCUUCAUGUUAUAUUUUUCAAAAGCCAAAAGUCAUUAUUUUAUUUUUUGCUUUAACAUUAAUAAUUCAAAAAUACACAAUUUUGCUUACUGUUUACAGUGAAAUACGUGUAGCAUUACCGGUAAAUACAUAAGUGGCAUAUCAAAAUUAAUUCAAAAAAUUGGGAGGGAAGGGCUCUGAAGAUUAUUCUAAAGAGAUUAGUUAAAAAUGUUAAGAAUAGGCAUUAAAAUCAAUUUUGUUUUAAUUUAUUGGUUUACUCCUUCUUGAAACAAAAACUUAUUUGCUUUGGCUCAUCGUAACUUAUAUACAAAUUAAUUUGGAUGUGAUUUUGUGAAUGUGGUGUGAAUAAAAAUAUAUAUCAAAGUA